CGUUAUUUCAAAGAAGAAAAAAACUUUAAGCAUAACAAAGUCAAUUUAAUUAAGAUUUACGUAUCAUAUCGUUUAAAAGUUGACAUAAAUUGAAGCAUUAAUUAUCACUUUACUGUAAUAUAACUAAACAAACAGCAAAAAUGGCAAAAGGCAGACCAAAAAGCAACAAGGAAACUAUAGUUGCUGAAAAGAAGGACGUAGCUGUUGAUUCUGAUGCACCACCAGCCAAGAAAGCACGUCAAUCGAGAAUUAUUUCAUUGCCAAUUCCAGAAUUGCCAAAAAAGAGCGGCAAUAUAUUAAGUUGUGGUCAAAAUGAUGUUGGACAACUUGGAUUCAAUCCUGAUGAUGUUCCCGAAAAAGCUCGUCCUGCUCUCGUUACUGACAUUAAGGAUAUUGUUGAUUUACAAGCCGGCGGUAUGCAUAGUUUAUGUCUUACAAAAAGUGGCGAAAUUUGGUCAUUUGGAUGUAAUGAUGAAGGUGCAUUAGGUCGUGAUACAUCCGAGGAAGGGUCUGAAAUGAAACCAGCUAAAAUUGACUUACCAAAGAAGGCUGUACGCAUCUCUUGCGGAGAUUCACAUUCAGCUUGUCUUUUGGAUGAUGGAAAAGUAUUUGCCUGGGGAUCUUUUAGAGAUGCUCACGGUUCAAUGGGUUUAACGAUCGAAGGAAAGAAGCAGUUACCAAUUCAAGUAUUGUCAGAUAUUAAGGCUGUUAAUAUUGCAUCCGGAAGUGAUCAUUUUGUUGUUCUAGCUACAAAUGGGCAUGUUUAUACAAUUGGAUGCGGUGAACAAGGACAAUUAGGACGAGCAUCAAUGAGAACAUUAACAGGCGAAUCACGACGUGGAACUAAAACUUUAUUAACACCUGGAAUUAUUACAAAGAAAGCCAAGAAUUUUGUUGCAAAUGGAAUUUGGGCUACGCCAUAUUGUACAUUCUUACGUGACGCAUCCACAAAUGAUGUUUAUGGAUUCGGUCUCAACAAUUACAAUCAGAUUUGUGUAAAGAAAGGAAAGAAUGAAUUUGAGCAUUAUCCAGUCCUAACAACGAUCCAAAAUGUAAAACAAAUUGCUGGUGGACAACAUCACACAAUCGUUCUUACAAAUGAUUAUCAAGUCUUUUCUAUCGGGCGUAAGGAAUAUGGUCGAUUAGGAUUAGGUGAAGUAGCUGAUGACGUUACUGAAUUGUCACCAAUUGAGUCAUUAAAUGAUAAGAAAAUCAUUUCAAUUUCCUGCGGAGCUGAAAAUAAUUUCGGACUUUCGAUUGACGGAAAAGUAUACGUUUGGGGAAGUGGCACAAAUUCAGCAUUAGGAACAGGCGAUGAGGAUGAUGUUGUAUCACCAAAACUUCUCGUUAGCGCACAAGUUAAGGAAAAGAAUAUCCUGACAAUGAGCGGUGGAGGACAACAUUCCUUAUUCCUUGUUGAAGUUCCAUCCACAGAGACAGAAGAAAUUGCCAAGAAAGAACCAGUCAAAGCUACAAAGAGUAACAAGAAGGAAACUGCAAAGAAUAAGAAGGAAGAGUCAAAGGAACCACAAGAAGCUCCAAAGGAUACAAAUGGACCGACCGAGAUGGAAGUCGUAGCUGAAACUCCAUCGACUGAUGUUAAUGGAAAUUCAGAAAAGGAUAAAGACGAAAAGACUGAUACAGCCUCAAAUGCUGAUGAGAAGACAGCAAAACGUGGUCGUAAACGUAAAGCUUAGAACUAGAAACAAAAUGAUCAUUCUUUUUACUUAGCUUAAUUCAAGUAUACUUUUUCAAAAAAAACACACGAUUCAUAGUUUUUAGACAUUAACCAUUAAAAGUUAAGGAAACGAAAACGAAAAAAAAACGCA